AUGGCGACGCAUCAUCGGCAGAACCCGACCGCCCGGCGGAAAGUUCAGGUAUCGUAUGUGAUCAGGGAUGAAGUCGAGCGGUACAAUCGUAGUGGCGUCAAUGCCUUGCAACUUGACCACUCACUUAACAGACUAUUUACAGCUGGGCGGGACUCCAUCGUCAGAAUAUGGAAUGUCAGUCAGCACAAGCAAGAUCCCUUCAUUGCCUCAAUGGAGCACCACACAGACUGGGUCAAUGAUGUUGUGCUCUGCUGUAAUGGAAGAACAUUAAUAUCUGCAUCAUCAGACACAACUGUAAAGGUGUGGAAUGCACACAAAGGCUUCUGUAUGUCCACUUUAAGGACUCACAAGGAUUAUGUCAAAGCACUGGCUUAUGCUAAAGAUAAAGAGCAAGUGGCAUCUGCUGGUCUGGACAGGCAGAUCUUCCUCUGGGAUGUGAACACAUUAACAGCUUUAACAGCUUCCAACAACACAGUUACUACAUCUUCUUUAAGCGGAAACAAAGAUUCUAUCUAUAGUUUGGCCAUGAACCAGAUGGGAACCAUCAUUGUAUCAGGAUCAACAGAAAAGGUUUUGCGUGUCUGGGAUCCACGAACAUGUGCAAAGCUUAUGAAACUGAAGGGCCACACUGACAAUGUCAAGGCACUACUACUGAACAGAGAUGGAACACAGUGCUUAUCAGGCAGCUCCGACGGCACUAUCCGGCUGUGGUCGCUGGGCCAGCAGCGCUGCAUCGCGACGUAUCGCGUGCACGAUGAGGGCGUGUGGGCACUGCAGGUGAACGACACCUUCACUCAAGUGUAUUCGGGUGGACGUGACCGCAAGGUUUACUGUACUGACCUGCGCAACCCCGACAUACGAGUGCUCAUCUGCGAGGAGAAGGCACCUGUGUUGAAGUUGGAGCUCGACAGAUCGGCAGAUCCUCCUCCAGCUAUUUGGGUUGCAACAACACAGUCUUCCGUCAAUAAAUGGUCUCUAAAGGGUCACAAUUUCCGGAUGUCGGGAGAUUACGAUAAUGACUGUGCUGGCUCCAUCACACCAUUAUGUACACAGCCAGAGCAAGUAAUCAAAGGUGGUGCAAGCAUCAUUCAAUACAACAUUCUAAAUGACAAGAGGCACAUCUUGACAAAGGACACCAACAAUCAUGUAGCAUAUUGGGAUGUUCUUAAGGCAUGUAAAGUGGAAGACUUGGGCACAAUGGAUUUUGAUGAGGAAAUAAAGAAGCGAUUUAGGAUGCUGUAUGUGCCAAAUUGGUUCUCAGUUGACCUAAAGAUUGGGAUGCUGACUAUUACCUUGGAGGAAAAUGACUGUUUUGCCGCCUGGGUCUCUGCUAAGGAUGCUGGCUUUGCCAGCCAGGAUGGCGCUGACCCUAAGUUAAACUUUGGAGGGCUGCUUCUUCAGGCACUGCUUGAGCACUGGCCUCGGACUCAUGUGGGGCCAAUGGAAGAUGAUGACAUCGAGAUGAGCCAAGUUAAUGGUGAGCCAGAGAACAGAGUGGUGACAAAGGGUAAUGGAUACUUUCUAGUUCCUCCACACACGCCCGUUAUAUUCACUGAAGCAGGAGGACGCACACUGUUCAGGCUUCUGUGCAGAGAUGCUGGUGGAGAAACAGAGUCUGUGCUGUUGAAUGAGACUGUGCCUCAGUGGGUGGUUGAUGUGGCUGUGGAUAAAAAUAUGCCAAAAUUCAACAAAAUACCCUUCUACCUUCAACCUCACUCGAACUCUGGAGCUAAAACAUUAAAGAAGGAUCGCCUCUCAGCCAGCGACAUGCUUCAGGUGCGCAAGGUCAUGGAGCACGUCUACGAGAAAAUAAUCAAUGCCGAGACAGAGUCGCAGACCCCAAACUCGCCCAACAAUGACAAAACUCGGGAGAUGGACAAGGAGGAAGACAUUGCUGCUUUGGCCGAAGAAAAAAUCGAGCUCCUCUGCCAAGAUCAGGUCCUUGAUCCAAACAUGGAUCUCAGGACAGUAAAGCAUUUCAUCUGGAAGAGUGGAGGGGACCUGACACUCCACUACCGACAGAAGUUUCCUUGAGCAGCCUUGGAGGAGCCUUUUGAAACUUCUCAAAGCUGGCACAGACAGGACCUAUUUGUUACAAGGCAUUCCAAACAACCAUAUCUUAAUACGUGUUGGUUAGUCAUGGUUGGAAGAUUAAACGUUGUAGACCCACUUAAUCCGUGGGGGAGGUGGGUGGCCUUUUCCUCUGAUGUUUGUGCAGAGAUGUAUUUUAAACUGUACAUUAAAGGAAAUAUGCAUUGAAAAAUAUGUAUAACAGUGCCGUACUUAUGAAUGCAGUUUUCAGAAAAUAUAUAUUGAGUUCAACCUCAAAAUGUAAAUUAGCCAUUAUAAUUUGACUUAAACUAUAUUUUGCAAUGUAUAUUAUGCACUUGAUAUAUAAUGAGCACAAAUAGAGCCAGUUCCUCAUAUUUGGUUGUGUUUCAUGUGUCCUGAUGGUAAUUGCUCUGAGAUGUCUGCACAGUAACAUUAAGACCAACAUAAAGAACUACCCAGUCCAUUUGUGCAUGCAUACUUGCAUUUUCAAAAUACAGUGCCACAGCCCUUGUGUUUUAAAAGUGAAGCAAUAUUGGUUUUUGUAUGAUUUUUUUCUUCAGAUUUGUAAUGUGUGCUACUGCCUUUUUUGGGAAUGGCAGUUAUGAAAAAAAAAUUCCUCUGUUUACCUACAGAAUCUCUCUUAUCUGCAAAGUAGGCCAGUAUUUAUCAGGAUUAGAUUGAAAACCCUUGUAAAACCUUCCCCUUAAAUGAUCAAAAUGAAAAAUGUAGCUGUGUAUCCGUGUACACUUUAAUGUUUCAUAGACAUUUGUCAACCUUAUACAAUUGAUACCUGAGACACGUUGAAGAAAUGUUUCGUCAAACCCUCAGUCCAAUUUUGUUUCCGUAUUUCAGCCAUGGUCAGUUGGGUCCAUGUUUGUGAAUUUUAUUCAACAGUUGUCACUGUACAUAGGUAAUUCACCUGCUGUCUUAGCAUAUGUCCUGCAUUUAAGCAUGGCUUAUAAGACUGAACAUUGCACAGGUUACCUCUUGUGAAGUACAUUGUGUUUAUUUUUUAAUUAUCUGUAAUAUACUGUACCUUGCUGAUAAUGUAGAUAAUGCUUGUAAUGUGCAGCACAUCACUGCCUGUAUUAAAACAGCUGCAUAAUA